AUGACUUCUGACAGUCUUUUCAUCUUCUGUCCACAGCACACCUCACACACCGAUGGGCGCAACGAGGUCACCCCGCGACCCGGCCGCUUGGGCUCCCGCUGCCGGAACUCCAUCGCCUCGUGUGUUGACGAGCAGCCGCACAUCGGCAACUACCGACUGCUCAAGACCAUCGGCAAGGGCAACUUCGCCAAGGUGAAGCUGGCGCGCCACAUCCUCACGGGCCGAGAGGUGAGACGCCAUCAGACUCCGGAGGGACCUGCCAUGUUUGAUAGCGCAUUAUCCAAUUUGUUUGGCUAGAAUAUAAUACAGUAAAGUAGGAUUGUUUGUACUUUAUGGAUGAAGUUAUUUUCACAAAGUUCGUUGGUGGACUUAGCUAAUACCGGCCACCUCACCCUUCCUGUACCUGAAAAGUCAAGGGGCAACGCACUGCACCAAUCGUAACAAUAGUCACUGUAAUUGCAAGUUAAUAGCCUGAGAGCAAUAGGGAAAUUGAAUUAGAUGUACUGUGCUUAAACGCCGUAAACUAAACGUAAGACCCCUCCAGCCCUCGCAGUUCUCCUAGAGGCGCAAUACUUUACACACUCUAAAAUUGCACCUAUGCAAUCUGAGAAACACGUUUGCAUUGGUGGCCCGUUUAUAGGCUUGCCAAUUCCUGAGUCUUUAGGAGUGGUUUCAGCAGCAACUGAUUGUUUUCCUUUAAUCUUUCUUGUCAGGUUGCCAUUAAAAUCAUUGACAAGACACAACUGAAUCCUACCAGUCUUCAAAAGGUAAAAGAAAAACCUGUGUGUCUCCCUAUUGAAAAGUACACAUCCUUCUCCAACGUUAUUUCCACCUUAGUGCAUUCUCUGGUUGUGGAUGACAGGAAUAUCAUUAGGCCUGCAUGUAAUAUUCCCACUUUGAAAGCUGUAUGCGGUGAAAAGCAUUAGUAAAACACUUUAUAUGCCCUAUAUUCAUUAUGUAUUAUAAAAUCAAUCUUGUUUCUAUUUUGAUGGAGGUGCCCUGUGAGUGUAUGGGACUUCCCUUCAUCGAGUAGCCCUUGAAACAAUUUUUGUAGCAAAACGCACUAUUAUAGCUAAUUAAUCUGAUUCCUAUGGGUUCUUGACAUGUUGUUGUAGUGGGUGCUACACACCACAGUACGUGUCUUUCGGCGACAUAACUAGCUUAAUUUCAUUGUGUAACUCACUAACUUCACAGAGGAGGUGCGGAGUCCAGACCCCCUUAAAGGUCUCAGUUGUUGUGCCGCACUGCAUGAUGGGAGGCAGGGGGUAAAGCGGCGGCUGUUAGAGAAACCCUCGGCGGACUUGAAUUUCAGAGGCUGCUAAUAAUAGCCUCGGAGGAGAAAUCAGAAUGGGUGGCUGGUGAAAGAAGAGCGCUGGCCCUGCCAAGAUGGAAAGAGAAGCAACAACUUUGGGCUGUAGUGGGGAAAGGGAAGGGGGCCAUUGACCCAUUGGAGGGUUGGAGCGCAGAGGGCCUAUUGCACACAGUACCCACAUUUCCUCCUCAAGGCCCAUUUAUUAUUAUGCUCUGAUGAAAGCUGGAAUGAUCCGAUGCUAAAACACACCAGCUAGCCCAAAAAAUAGUUAGAUGCACCUCAUUUGUUACCUUUUUCUGGACUUUUAUUUAACUUGGACAUCAGGACUUUUUCCCCAAUAAUGUUUUGUGGCAGAUUAACCCUAACCCAAUUAUUAGGACCUGUGUCAACUGGUAAUAUCAUGUAUACAAAUAUAUUUUUACAACCCCCCCCCCCAAAUAUUUUCUGAGAUCCACUUGGAACUGUAGUAGACCUUGCUAUGGUGCCCUUGGGUGGCUCUUUACACGGCUGCUGCCCUGUCCUGUCCUGUCGCCUUUCCUUGCAGCUAUAUAGAUCAGACUGUCACAUUGGGGCCAGUGUGAAACUGAUGAUGUUCAUCCACCCCACCAACCCCUAUAAUUAGCCAGCACUUGUUUUUCCAGGCCAUCGAUUCAGUUUUCCAUUCGCUGGCCAAUCGACAGCCCGUGGCUCGGACUGUGGGUAUUCGGGAUGGGUAGAGCGAGGUAGGUAGAAAGGGAGGGGACAGGGACGAUGAGGGAGAGGAGAGCGGGCGAGUGUCAUGCUGCUCUCUCUAGUUUCUCACUCUCCACCCGGGUGCUCUUCAUCAGGAGCCCACUUCUUUCUGGGUCGGCAGCCAAAGCGUACAGGCCUCUGAGUGAUGAAGUGGUCUUAAACAUUACCAACACAAAAGCCACCCUUUAACCGUAGCUAGAGUGGGGGAAAAAAAGUAUUUAGUCAGCCACCAAUUGUGCAAGUUCUCCCACUUAAAAAGAUGAGAGAGGCCUGUAAUUUUAAUCAUAGGUACACGUCAACUAUGACAGACAAAAUGAGAAAAAAAUCCAGAAAAUCACAUUGUAGGAUUUUUAAUGAAUUUAUUUGCAAAUUAUGGUGGAAAAUAAGUAUUUGGUCAAUAACAAAAGUUUCUCAAUACUUUGUUAUAUACCCUUUGUUGGCAAUGACACAGGUCAAACGUUUUCUGUAAGUCUUCACAAGGUUUUCACACACUGUUGCUGGUAUUUUGGCCCAUUCCUCCAUGCAGAUCUCCUCUAGAGCAGUGAUGUUUUGGGGCUGUCGCUGGGCAACACGGACUUUCAACUCCCUCCAAAGAUUUUCUAUGGGGUUGAGAUCUGGAGACUGGCUAGGCCACUCCAGGACCUUGAAAUGCUUCUUACGAAGCCACUCCUUCGUUGCCCGGGCAGUGUGUUUGGGAUCAUUGUCAUGCUGAAAGACCCAGCCACGUUUCAUCUUCAAUGCCCUUGCUGAUGGAAGGAGGUUUUCGCUCAAAAUCUCACGAUACAUGGCCCCAUUCAUUCUUUCCUUUACACGGAUCAGUCGUCCUGGUCCCUUUGCAGAAAAACAGCCCCAAAGCAUGAUGUUUCCACCCCCAUGCUUCACAGUAGGUAUGGUGUUCUUUGGAUGCAACUCAGCAUUCUUUGUCCUCCAAACACGAUGAGUUGAGUUUUUACCAAAAAGUUAUAUUUUGGUUUCAUCUGACCAUAUGACAUUCUCCCAAUCCUCUUCUGGAUCAUCCAAAUGCACUCUAGCAAACUUCAGACGGGCCUGGAUAUGUACUGGCUUAAGCAGGGGCACACGUCUGGCACUGCAGGAUUUUAGUCCCUGGCGGCGUAGUGUGUUACUGAUGGUAGGCUUUGUUACUUUGGUCCCAGCUCUCUGCAGGUCAUUCACUAGGUCCCCCUGUGUGGUUCUGGGAUUUUUGCUCACCGUUCUUGUGAUCAUUUUGACCCCACUGGGUGAGAUCUUGCGUGGAGCCCCAGAUCGAGGGAGAUUAUUAGUGGUCUUGUAUGUCUUCCAUUUCCUAAUAAUUGCUCUCACAGUUGAUUUCUUCAAACCAAGCUGCUUGCCUAUUGCAGAUUCAGUCUUCCCAGCCUGGUGCAGGUCUACAAUUUUGUUUCUGGUGUCCUUUGACAGCUCUUUGGUCUUGGCCAUAGUGGAGUUUGGAGUGUGACUGUUUGAGGUUGUGGACAGGUGUCUUUUUUUAUACUGAUAACAAGUUCAAACAGGUGCCAUUAAUACAGGUAACGAGUGGAGGACAGAGGAGCCUCUUAAAUAAUAAGUUACAGGUCUGUGAGAGCCAGAAAUCUUGCUUGUUUGUAGGUGACCAAAUACUUAUUUUCCACCAUAAUUUGCAAAUAAAUUCAUUAAAAAUCCUACAAUGUGAUUUUCUGGAUUUUUUUUUCUCAAUUUGUCUGUCAUAGUUGACGUGUACCUAUGAUGAAAAUUACAGGCCUCUCUCAUCUUUUUAAGUGGGAGAACUUGCACAAUUUGUGGCUGACUAAAUACUUUUUUCCCCCCACUGUAACAGUAGCCAGAGAGCCUCUGCCCCAUACACCAAUCACUCACUCGAAAUGGACAAGCCUCCACAUGCAAAGGUAGCUGAGGGGACACCAUGUUGUCCCGUUCCUUCCAUAAUGCACAAGUACCUUCAGGGAACCGUGCCGACUAGAUAACUGCAUGGCACCACGCAGUUUGGCUGGCAGCCUGCAGUCAGACUGGCAGCGUACCAUGCUAAGCCUUACCAGUCUGUUUCUGCCUCCUUGGUGCAGUAUCAGUCUCACGUCACACCCUCCUCCACAUCUCAGCUCUGCUCAGGGCAUCGUGACAGGGAUGGUAUAGGAGCCAGUAAUGAAUUUAGUUUUGCAUUUCGUCCUGAGGGAACACAAUUCCCAAUGGUGGUUUGAACUGGCCUUUUUUUUAUCAAUCGUUUGAGGGGUCUCGUAUGUAUGUAUGUAUGUAUGUAUGUAUGUAUGUAUGUAUGUAUGUAUGUAUGUAUGUAUGUAUGUAUGUAUGUAUGUAUGUAUGUAUGUAUGUAUGUAUGUAUGUAUGUAUGUAUGUAUGUAUGUAUGUAUGUAUGUAUGUAUGUAUGUAUGUAUGUAUGUAUGUAUGUAUGUAUGUAUGUAUGUAUGUAUGUAUGUAUGUACACAGAUAAAAGCUUGAUUCUCUGGGUUUUAAGUGCCGGUCCUGCAUUAAAAAUCACAUUCAAUGGAGAUUUUCCAUUGAGCAUGCUUUUUUGUUCAGGACUGGGCUUAAUCUGUGUUUGGGAAACUGGCCCUUAAGAUCGUUAAGCUAGUUUUCUUAUAUAUCGAAACCCCAUGCAGAGGGCACUUUCACUGAAAGCACACUGGUCACUUAACACUAGAACCGCUGGACCUCGAGGGACCCGCCUUCAAGCUAACGAGCAGACAUUCUGACUUCAACAUUCUAACAGUGUAAUUAAUACAUUUCAUAUAUGCUAGUGCUAAAAUAGUCAUUUGGUUGUGUUCUUGAAGGUGUCAAGUAACAUUAGAAUAAGAUUUUUUUUUUAGUAAAAAAUAAAAAGAUAAAAUAGUAUUUUCAUUAGUUUAUGUUACUGUCUGUAAAAACAAAAAAAACAAACUGUUCAAUCAAUUUUAUUUGUGGAGUGCUUUUGUUACAACUAUGAAACAGAAACCAUAUGUGUUAGAACAUGUUAACGGCUUCUUUUUAUUUAUUUAUUUAUUUAUUUAUUUAUUUAUUUAUAUAUAUACACAGUGAGGGGAAAAAAGUAUUUGAUCCCCUGCUGAUUUUGUACGUUUGCCCACUGACAAAGAAAUGAUCAAUCUAUAAUUUUAAUGGUAGGUUUAUUUGAACAGUGAGAGACAGAAUAACAACAACAAAAAUCCAGAAAAACACAUGUCAAAAAUGUUAUACAUUGAUUUGCAUUUUAAUGAGGGAAAUAAGUAUUUGACCCCCUCUCAAUCAGAAAGAUUUCUGGCUCCCAGGUGCCCUGCACCUCUUUCAUAAUCAAUAUGUAUUUACGGCACUGUAGUAAACUACAGUCUAAUCAUAUUUAAGUUACUGUCAUAUUGAAGUUAACGGCCAUGUGAUUUUCCGUCCCAUGUAUGUAAAAAUAUGCGCUUUUAAUACAAUAGGAAGGCUAACACAUACAAAGCAGAAAGACAACCGUUUCCAAAUAAUCUGUCUGACCUCUCUCCUGCAGCAUUAAAAAUGCAGACUGUGCUGCAAUGAUCUCUGUCGGAACCCACAGGUCCUGAGGGCAUCCCACGGGAAUGCAGCCCUCUAGUGUGCGUUUUCACGCAAUGGCAUUAGUUGGAUUUCACAGUUGACACAAAUCUUCGCCACUUACACUUGCUUGACACACUUCCUACAAACUUGUCAAUUGCAGGUGACCGGUGUCUUGGGUUCUGUUCUUUGUGCAUCUGGCCACCUGGCACUGUCUCCUUCUCGGGAGCUGUGUGCAAUUUGGCUUGCGCAAAGGCUCCUGUGGAAUCUUUGCUGCUGCCUUGGCCCUCAUGUCUCUCACAUAGCCCGUAUGCCAGACUCAUGAUGAAGUCUCACCUGGGCAUGGUGUUAUUGAUGCACUGCUUGAUCAACACUGCGUUGAUAGCAGCCAAGUCAAGCUUGUUGUAGAGCACAGCAUCAGGUCAGCGGUGGGUGCCUCCUUUCACAGAGUUCAGCCGUGCCAUCUGAUCCAAAACAUCCAAUCCAACCUAUGGAACAGAAUAGAGUAGAAAACAUUAGGAUUAUUUUCCCCUAGGAAAAACAACAGGUGUUAUACAGAAGAUCAUAAUGCAUUGCAGAAGUUUAUCUACACUGAACAAAAAUAUAAACGCAAGAUAUAAAGUGUUGGUUUCAUGAGCUGAAAUAAAAGGUCCCAGAAAUGUUCCAUACACACAAAAAGCGUAUUUCUCUUUUGUGCACAAAUUUGUUUACAUCCCUGUUGGUGAACAUUUCUCAUUUGCCAAGAUAAUCCAUCCACCUGACAGAUGUGGCAUAUCAAGAAGCUGAUUAAAUGACAUGAUCAUUACACAGGUGCACCUUGUGCUGGGGACAAAAGGCCACUCUAAAAUGUACAGUUUUGUCACACAACACAAUGCCACAGAUAUGUCUCAAGUUUUGAGGGAACGUGCAAUUGGCAUGCUGACUGCAGGAAUGUCCACCAGAGCUGCUGCCAGAGAAUUGAAUGUUAAUUUCUCUACCGUAGGCUGCCACCAACGUCGUUUUAGAGAAUUUGGCAGUAUAUCCAACUGCAGAUCACGUGUAACCACGCCAGCCCAGGAUCUCCACAUCCAGCAUCUUCACCUGCGGUAUUGUCUGAGACCAGCCACCUGGACAGCUGAUGAAACUGUGGGUUUGCACAACCGAAUAAUUUCUGCACAAACUGUCAGAAACUGUCUGUGAAACUCAUCUGCGUGCUCGUCGUCCUAACCAGGGUCUUGAUCUGACUGCAGUUCAGUGUCGUAACCGACUUCAGUGGGCAAAUGCUCACCUUCGAUGGGAACAGGCACGCUGGAGAAGUGUGCUCUUCAUGGGUGAAUCCUGGUUUCAACUGUACUGGGAAGAUGGCAGACAGCGUGUAUAGCGUUGUGUGGACGAGCGGUUUGCUGAUGUCAACGUUCUGAACAGAGUGCCCCAUGGUGGGGUUAUGGUAUAGGCAGGCAUAAGCUACGGACAACGAACACAAUUGCAUUUUAUCGAUGGCAAUGCUCUGGAUCGACAUGUACGACAGCGUGUUCCAGUUCCGGCCAAUAUCCAGCAACUUCGCACAGCCAUAGAAGAGGAGUGGGACAACAUUCUACAGGCCACAAUCAACAGCCUGAUCACUCUAUGCAAAAGGUAUCUGUGACCAACAUAUGCAUAUCUGUGUUCCCAGUCAUGUGAAAGCCAUAGAUUAGGGCCUAAUUAAUUUAUUUCAAUUGACUGAUUUCCUUAAAUGAACUGUAACUCGGUCAUCUUUGAAAUUGUUGCACUUAUUUUUGUCUAGUGUAUAAAUGGUAAUGCAUAUUACGUAAUUUUGACAAACCUUUGUUUGGUUGUAGUGCGUAAUAGUAUCCGGUUUUCUCUUUUAUUGUGUCCCUGUCGAUGGCAACUGUUGGAUGCAUGGUGCUCAUGACAGAAACGUUAUUUCUUGCCUUGGUAAAGUGAGUGUUGGCUUGUCAUUCUUCAGCACUGUUGUGGAGUACAACGGCUGUGCAGGUGCCUUAUUUUGUGCAGUGGGAGGGAGCUUCCGUCUUGCUUUGUUCAUGGUGCCGACUAGGCUUGUUUUAUUUGCAAGCAACUUGUUCGCCAAUGAAGUGAAGAAAUUGUCCAUGGCGACAAUUUUCCCCUUGCCAACGUAAGGGUCCACAAGCCUCAUCACCACAUUCUCCGACACACUCUCACCUGCUGCACGAUGUGGAUCUUUUCCCAAACGGUGCAGUCCCUUCCUCUCUCUUGUCUCACCGUUUAAUUUGGUGGUAGCGCAAGCACCUGCUCAGUGCGUACCGUUAUGGCUUUUUUUGCGCUUAGGUGUAGGUUCAGGCUGAGGCUCAGAAUCAGAAGAAUAAUCAUCAGAGAUGUCAUGAUUCAUUUCUUGCACACCAUCUGAGUCGUUUUGAUUCAGAUCUUGUAGCAGCGCUAAUGCAGCAUGUGCAUCCAUUCGUUUUGGUCUUCUUGAAAUUGUGAAUUAUGCACGUUCUCACUGUGUACUCCUGCUUGGAUUUGGUGGACUGAUAUAGGGUACAAACAAUUUUGAGAUUAUAAUUAGAAUAUACCAGUACAAUAGUACAAAUGGCGUAUCACAUUUUAACAAACCAAACAUUGAAAUAUAGUUAUAGGAAAAAUUAAAACCAGUCCGUGCAUCAAUACCGGUAUAUAGUAAAGUACGGUAUAUCGCCCAGCCCUAGUCUGGAUUAGUGUCCCGCUCCUUGAAAGCGGCAUCACUAGCCUUUAGCUCUGUGCGGAUGUUGCCUGUAAUCCAUGGCUUCUGCUUGGGGUAUGUAUGCACUCACUAACUGUAAGUCGCUCUGGAUAAGAGCGUCUGCUAAAUGACAAAAAAUUUAAACAAAUGUAAAAUGGAUGUACGUAUGGUCACAUUGGGGACUCGUCAAUGCACUUAUUAAUGAAGCUGCUGACUGAUGUGGUAAACUCCUCAAUAUACUCCUCAUAUUCCAGUCUGUGCUAGUGAAACAGUCCUGUAGCUUAGCAUCCACUUCAUCGUACCGUAUUGAGCACGUCACUGGUACUUCCUGUUUGCGUUUUUGCUUGUAAGCAGGAAGCAGGAGGAUAGAGUUAUGGUCUGAUUUGCCAAAUGGAGGGCGAGGGAGGGCCUUGUAUGCAUUUCUGUGUGUGGCGUAAAGGUGCUCCUUUUGUUUACUCAUCUGUGUCUGGACUCAACCUCCGUUUUCGUAACGUCUAAGCGAGCUGUCUGGCUUUUGCGAUUGCGCUCUAUUUUGGGGGGUGGGGGGUCACUUCAGAAUGAAAAACAGGAAUGCUUUCAUAGGAUUUUAGCAUGAGUUCUCAAGUGACUGCACAUUCACCAAUAGAACAGAGGGCAAAGGCGGUCUAUUUGCUUGCUGACAUAGUCUCGUCAGGAUGCCGCCUCACUUGCCGCUCUUUUGCUGCCACUUCCUCUUUCGAGUCCUGGGGGUUAGGGCCUUGUCCCGAGUAAGCAGAAAGUCCAGAGCUGCCGGCUCGUUGAAGUAAAAAUGUUUGAGGUUACUGAUCGCUGUUCUGAUGUCCAGAAGCUGUUUUCGGUCAUAGGAAAUGAUGGCGAGACAGUAUGUACAAAAAAAGUUAAGAUCAGCGUAAAAAAAACACACAAAAUAACGGUCAGGAACCCGUAAAACAGUGACUAUCCACUGCAGCGCCAUCCUAAAUUAAAAUACACUGGAAACCCAGACAACUCAGGACCUCAUUCAGACAAUGAGCACCUUACCUCCCCUCUUGCGCUCCUCAGUUUUUCACAGACUCGUUCGCUGCAGCUAUUUUAAUUUGCGUCGGUGUGACCUCUUAUGUAAUUGGUGGGAGGAGAACCCCGCUACCGAGUCAGUCAAUCUUCCUGCUUUUAGAAGUGAGUGAUUUUAUUAAGACUGGAGUCGGGACGCCGGGGAUGUGGAUAAAUGUAGCAGAGGAUGACUCUGAAGUGUACUCGUGAAACCCCUCAAACACCUUAAGGGAUCUGCUAGAGGUGUGGUAAAGUCACCCUUACCUGGGCGUCAUGAGCUAUGUUAGUCAGCCAUAGGAUGUGAGGGGGUGGAAGUAGGGGAUUAGAAGGAUAUUGGUCAGAGAUGUUGGGUAGAAUAAUAGUGUACCAGCUUUGGUAGAUAACAUCAGCAGCUUAGUUGUCUUGUCUGCUUUUAUCUCUAAGUUAGUGUUACAUACACAGUUUAUAUUCUAUACAGCUUCUCAGUGUCGGCUCCUAUCAAUAUAGCGGUUUCACAUUCAAAAUGUUUUCAUACUAGUAUGAGGCCAUAUUCAAUCCAAGCUGGCAACAGUGAAUGUCUGGGGAAAAACCAAACAAUAGUCUGUCUGUGCUGCAAGAAUGCAUGUUUGAAUUAACAUAAUCAGUAAGAGAAUGAAGUGAGAGUGAAAGAAAGAAAAAGAUACCUAAUUGGGUAAUCAUUCACCUUCCUCACAGUACGGGAAGAAAAUGUUUUUGUCCAAUCGAUGAAACUCCCAGUUAGCGCUUUUGAUUGAAUAAUACCAUUUAGUGAAUCCCAACUCCUGAACAUACGGCAAUUACCCUAUUGUGGAAGCAGAGGGGAUGAGCAGGUACUAUGAGGUGUUUUUGUAGGUGUAACCUGCAAACAAGUGAGAACAGUUUUGAGAGGGGCUGUGGGGCUGCAGUUAGCGAUGCCUCAGGAAUGUGUGCACCGGAGCGAUCAGGGUUGUCUAUGUGGUCCAGUCCCAUUUACUUUUGGCAGGCAGUGACCUCAUUGGCGUUGACAUCAGCCAGUAGCAGAAAGGGACUGUUGCUGUUACGUCUGUGUCGCUCCAUUUGUUUACUAAUCUGUGGAGCUAUUGUGUCUGGACUCAACCUUGCGUUUUCAUAAUGUCUGAGCGAUCUGUCUGGCUUUUGCAUAUUGCACUCUUUUGAGGGGUGGGGGUCACUUUAGAUUCAAAUUCAGGAAUGCUUUUAUAGGAUUUUAGGAUGAGGAGCCAGCCAAAUUAAUUAUAUAAAUAUGCCUCUGGUACCAUUUUAAAGAAAUGAGCGUCUACAGUGAAAUGUGUAGCACCCCUCACACUUGAUCUUUGAGAUCCACAGAUGCCCAUCAUCCAAGGGCUCUGCAAAGAUAGAUUGUGUGAGUCUUUGUAUCUCCACCAUUACUCAAUUUCCUCCUAGUGUUCCUUGCUGAUAUGUCUUCUACAGACUGAGUCACUGGGCAUUCUGUAUCACGGUGUGGGCUGCAGCUGCAGACAGUUUUCCUAUCGGGUUGGAAAAUUCCACCAGGGCACGUGCUAGAGGUGGAGAGGAAACACAUUUUGGGGCACUCCAGAAAAGUUACUUUCCCCAGCCACAAAAUUGACCAAUUCUGUUUUAUUAGCUUUGAAAGACUGUAAAGGAAAUAACUAGGCCUAUCUGGGUCGGCUGAUGUUGAGUUCUCAGUCUUGGUUAGAGUCUUGAGGCAUUGAGCCUCCACCCUCUGGAUCUUAAUGUAGGUGCAGGGCAUUGGCCUGCCUCAGCUGAUGUCUGUUCCCCCAGACAUCGUCAUUAUGUCGGAGGAGAAUAUUGGUGGGCACGCCCCCCCAGGGGGAAGCACAGGCCCGUAAGUCGUUCCUCUUGGCCCGGACCGGAACCUCUCUCCGGCACUCCAGAGGCACGCUGCCAUCCGAUGUUACUGGAACGUUUCCUUUCCUGUUUUUCUUUCUCUAGGAGAGUGAGAUUUUGUUUUCGCCAUGCAAUAUAAUUGUAUUUUUUUCUCCCUUCCACUUCAUAGUGCAGCGUUAGAAACAGAACCCUGGGCCUUCCUUUUAAACCAUCUCGCGCCACCUUUCGAACGGUUUACUCGACUCAAAUACUGUGCAUGCCGUCCCAUCGUCAUUGCAGCUUUAGAGUCCAUUUCAUUACUCAGCAUUGUAAUGGGAGUGUUUUUGUUUUAUGUUUGGGUCAGCUCGACUGAGCCAUCGUCAUACAGCACAUAUUAUCUUAUUUCCUAAUGAUUCUCUCUGUCAGGCAUUUGACCUCGGAGAUGCUCAUGUCCUGGUCGUAUUUGAGGGGCCAAUCCAGGCGACAGUCAGAGGCUGGUUUCAAUCCCUCCAUGACCCCAGGCAGACAGGCAGCCUUACCCAGGCAACACUCACUCCCACACCCACGCCACCGAGUUAGCCUGCUUCCUUCCUCCCAGGCCCUGUUUGUCAAGCGAUAUGUCACCCGGCAUUAC